GUUUCCAUGGAGAUCAUUGACGGGGCGGUUGCCAUGGCUACAGCGGCGCCCGGGCUGUCUGGUGGGCGCCGCGGCUGGGAGCUGCGGAGGCACGCGCUGCUGAUCGUGAUCGGGGAGAUCGGGACAGAGGCGGAGCGCGGGGCGCUGCGGGGCGCCCUGGAGCGGGGAAUUCGCUCAUGGAACAUUCAUCUUCCCUCUUGUGACCUGAAUCAGCAACUGAGACUCUUUGUAAGUCAGCAUCUUGCUCAGUUUUCUUCAGAGUUCAAAGGCAUCCUGAGCAGCGGCUGCUACUUCCAAGGGCUGCUCAUCCCAGGACCCUAUGGCCAAAGGACCCUUCAUCACCGGAGUGAGACUCUGGAGACAGUGAUCCUGGUAAAUCCCAAUGUGGACAGCAUUGUUUCUGAGGUCCGAUCGCUGGUGUGUGAUUUAUCUGCCCACAAACUACUGCUCCUGUGUGGUCAGAGCUCAGACCAAGAAGGAGACCUGAUCCUGCAAACUGGGACCUUCAGUUAUCAGAAAUUUGCUGAGAUAAUUGCAGAUCCAGAGGUGAGUAUGAAAAGGGCAUUAGCCUGCUAA